CUUUUCUGUUUUGUGUUUAGUGACUUUUGUUGUUUAAGAGCAUUGGGUUAUCAUUGACAUUCAUUCAUUGUGAUCCAAGUAAUUAUUCAUCUCAAUCACAAUUGUACAGUUAUUCCUAUUUAUGGCUUCCAAUUUCACAGUUUCAAUUUAAUCGGUAAACUAACAAUUAUCUCAUAUAAGUCUGAAAUUCCUAGAUUAUUGUUUCUUUCGUUAAAUGUCAACCAAUGUUUUCCCUCUGAAUUUAACAUCAUUUUUCUGUUCAACGAUGGACUUCAACAACGAUUUCCAACUUGUUAAUCCUGUGAUGCAAAAUGAAGCCUUGUUUUCAGGUAACAAAUCAAUUGACGUGGAAACAUCAGCACAUUUUCCAGCUCUUUCAUUAGCCACUAUCGAGUCCAUGUUAACCUCGGAUUCACCUCAAACACCUGUGAACCAACAAUCGAAUGGACUGGAAGAUUUUUCUCACAAAAAAGACAGGUUACUCGAGAAUGGUCAAAUCAAGCUACUUACCCAAGCAAUCGACUCAUAUUACAACUCAACUUUGGAACAAUCUUCAUUCAACUCCCCGCAAACGUCCAUCUCAACUGAUACUGUGGAUUCGAAUAGAUUAAAAGACAAUGACGCGACAUCAUUAACAUCACAAUGUUUAAUUUUUUUGAAAAACCAAGUGACAGGAAUUAGAAAGAAAAAUUCUUCAAAGAAUCAAACAAAGGAUUGGCGAAACAUUUGGAACUCUGAUGUAGGGAAGAAGAUAUUGGCUGUUGAAUUUUCACCAAUGAAUAUAAAGUCAGAAUUUUUAUCAAAACAAACCGCGUUGGAUGGAUUUGAGUCAUUUACUAUCCAAGAAGCCGUCAAUUCUGUACAAAGAAUUGUACAGAAUAUAGUUGAAAAAGGAACCAGUGAGGAUAUUUUGAAUCAAUACAGAGCUGACUUGUACUCUGACCCACGUCCAGUUGAUCUUGUACUUUCUUGUGAAAAGUCUCGAGCAUUCAGGAAGAUACAUUUAAAUGAUAAAAUUAUAUUGUUGAAAAACGCAUUCUUGGAUCUCAAUGCAUUAAAAAUUAUAACUACUUAUAAUGCUUCAAUCAACGGUUGGUAUUUUGGCCAAAAAAUAUGCUCAAGGGAAAAAAUUCUCAAAAGAAGUCCAGAUUUGUUUAAAAAGAUUGUUCGCCUUAUGGAUAGUUUUCCAGAUCGUUUUAGAAGUGACAUCAAUGUUUGUUCAUUUCUUUUUUUGAUUAUCAUCUUUAACGCUGAUUUGCACAAAUUGAAGUUCAGAAACCAAAUAAAAUCGGAACAGUACAUUUACAUUUAUUUAUUGAAACGAUAUUUGGUUUCAAGUAUUCAACCAACGUGUGAAGCCUUAGAGUAUUUUUACCAGCUGAUGGCUACAAUUGAAGAAAUUCGGACGCUAAAGAGAGGAAUGGAGUUAGACUUUGAUGACUACGGGGCUGAUGGCUCUUAUGUACUCAGAAAUCGAGUUGUUAGAUUUAUUGAGCUUGAAAGCAUUCAAUCGUGAUCGAAGCUCGUUCUUGGCAAUUAUUUCAGGGAUUGGUAUGCUUUCUUCGGGUUUUAAGCUUAAGGUUAUUUCAGUAAUGUAAUCCAUUUUUACGAUUGAAUACACUUACAGUUGAAAUCCAGGAUUAACACGCUGUACUAGCCGACUUUUUGGGGACUCAAGUUUACAAGAAAAUUAUUCACCUUCGAGUUGAAAUGAUACAAUAGUGUGUACAAUUUGAGUAUUAACUCAAGCUUUCAUUAAAAUGAUCUUCUACAAUCAUUAUAUUAAUAAUUAUAAUGAUAAUAAUAAAUACAAACGGAUUUGUCUGAUUUGCUACCAGAAGAGCUUAUUUCUACUCGUGCAAAAAUCAAAUCAAAUCUGAUGAAGUACAAAGUACAGUAACUCUUAUUAUAUUAAAAUGAAAUUAUACUUUGAA